AUGGAGGAGAACGAGAGGAGGGCACUGGAGGAGCUUAGCAGAGCGAUGGGGCAGCAGCUUGGAGUGGAGGAUAGUGUGGGGGGAUCAAUUCAAGGAGAUGAGUUCGCUCCACCAUUACCUUCUAAUCCUCCUACACCUUCGGGUAAUGCCCUCCCACCUAUAGGAUCCCCAGUUGGAUCGGAUCAGACCCCGCGGCCAGAAAACACUGGAAGUACGGCGGACUUGAGAGAAGAAGGUACACAAGGGGUGAUAUUGGCCUUGAUGCAGAUGGUGGCGAAUAUGAACAAAGACAUGAUGGAAGAGAGAAGGCGUAGGGAGGAGUGGGAGCAGAGAAGAGAAAGGGAGACGAGGAUGGAGAGAAAAGAGGAGAAAAGAGGGGAAGGGAGGCAAACUUCGGCGCAGUCUGCGGUACAAGGGACUAUUACGUCGACGCAGGUCAAGAACAUUCCGUUCAAUGCCUACGAACUUCGCCGACAAUGGCCUAGGCCACCUCCCGAUCUGCGGGAGGCAAGGAGGAAGGAAGGGAAGUGUAUUGAGUGCGGGGAGAAGGGACAUUGGUUGAGGGACUGCCCGGUGAGGGCAGCGAAGGUCAAGGUCGGAUGGUUGCCGCCGUGGGGGGAGAAGUUCGGCGAACGUGGUGGAGGAUCGGGGGGGAACGCAGUACCUCUAGGACAGAGGAGGAACUUGAACGCAGUCGGGGGAGAUGGGGAGAUGGAAGAGGACCAGGGAAAAGAGGAGGACCUGUCGCAGUAG